GCUGCACCCUCUGGCUUGAAGUGCUUUCCAUCAUAAACAGGGUUACAGUUUGGUUCAAUGGCUGUCAGCACCCCCACUAUACAAAUUGUUCCAGCACCCCUCAUCUUUUAUCCUCAUCAAGAUAAGCUUUCAGCGACAUGAUAUUUGUUCUUUGUUUGGUCAGUACAAGAUCUGCACUGCCUGAACCUACACAUGGAUGGCAACCCAUGAAGCAGCGCUUAUUCAUAAUCCAGUUCUCAUGGACAUGACUAACAUAAUCUUCAUGGUGGCCUAUAGCCUGGCCUUCCUCUUGGGCAUGGUGGGAAAUGGCUGGAUCAUCGUCAUCACUGGCUUCCAGGUGAAGAAGACAGUCACUCCAAUGUGGUUCCUUAACAUGGCCAUUGCUGACUUCAUCUUCACCUGCUUCCUACCCUUCAGAGUUAUCUGCAUAGCCUUGGGCUUUCGUUGGCCCUUGGGCAGCAUGAUGUAUAAAUUGACCAUUACUGUCACCUCACUCAACAUGUUCACUAGGGUUUUCCUCCUCACUGUCAUCAAUGCCAACCACUUUAUCUCCAUGGCCUGCCCUGUGUGGUCCCAGAACCACAGUUCACCCCGUAUGGCUUCUUUGGUUAUUCUGGCCAUAUGGAUCCUAUCCCUUGCAUUGAGCUUGCAGUACCCUGAUCUCUGGGAUUUCAUGAGCUCAUCUUCAGAGUGGAACGUCACCUCUGGCAAUCUGAACAGUGUCCAAGAGAACCUCUGUCUGAGAAAAAGAAGGAUGAUGGCCAGUGUUGCUAUCCACUUCCUGGUUGGGUUCCUGGUCCCAUUAGCCUUGAUCAUGACCUGCUACAUUCUUCUAGCUGCCAAGCUGAGGAGAAGCCAUCUCACUCAGUCCAGGAAGCCCCUCAACAUCCACCUUGUCUUGAUCCUGAUCUUUUACCUCUGCUGGCUGCCAUAUCACGUCUUCUACUUCCUGCAGGUCUCAGGUGAUGCACUACAUUCAGUGAUGAAAAAAUCCCUGGACAUGGGCAUCCUCUUUGCUGAUGGCCUGCUCUAUUUUAACAGCUGCCUCCCUCCCAUCGUCUUCCUUUCCAUGGGCCAGGAGUUCAUGGGUUGCAGGGAAAAUGCAUGUAACUACCAAAAUGCUGUUCCCUUGGAAGGAGAGCCAGCUGAAUAGGGGAGAAAUGUUCAAGGGGAGAUGGGAUCCAUUCACAAACUAUAUGCUAGCUCAAGAUAACAAGCUUCCGAAGUGUGUUGUGUCCCCCUAUAGUAACUGAACUGUACGAGAAGAUGACAGCCUACUACUGCGAAUUAACAUAGGGUGUCUUUAGCAUCUGUGCUUAAAGUGUGGUGCUGAAGGUUCUAGGUUCAAUCCCUGCUGAUGGCACAUACUGGGGGAGGGGGAUCACGACACAGAAAGGGAUCUAAAUUCAUAAGGAAUGGCUGGGCCUGCAGCGCUUGGGGCACUUGAGCACGGGCCUGAGCUGAGGGGAGUCUUCCCCCCGAUAUCAGUGGGCAUUGGAUCAGACCAUUGGGAGCAAAGCUUGCUCAAAAUGCUUUGCUAUUGUGCCACUUAAAUGCUGGUCUGUAGCAUUCUCUGGUGUUUGCUUCCCUGCUGAUUUUCUAGGCUCAGUGUCAACAUCAAAUUGCUCAACAGAACAGAUGUGGUGAUUUUCUUUGGCCAAGAAAGAAAUUUUCUUCAAGUGAUGCUCUCAUUUGAAAUAAUUUACAGUGGCUCUGCGUUGGGCAUGUUCUCUCUUAGCAGCAUCCCUGGUGGCUCAGAUGGCUGAAGGGAACAAAUUCAAGUGUAACAGAGUCUAAUCCUGCAGCUUCCCUCACCGAUGUUAGUGUGAGUGAGGCUCAAAGCCCAGACCACAGUGGAGUUCAAAGACAAUAGCUGUCCCAGAUGAGCCAGGAGAAAGGUCAAUAUGCAAGAGGGGUGCUGUGGACAUACACAAUCUAUUUCCCCACACAAACCUACAGUACAUACAGGAGGGCUUUCUCAAAGAUGGAGCUGCCGGUAUAUGCACAAUAUGCUCCAAAGCAGAUCUCGUGGCUCUUGGAGGGCAGUAGGGUCUCAGGAUUAGAGCAUAGGGCCUGGGAAUCUGGACUCCUGGGUUCUAUCCACCUCCGGAAUGGGAAUGGGAUCUAGUGGGUGACAGCAGGGGGUACGGGAGUCAGGACUCCUCGGUUCUACCCCGCAACUCUGGGGAAUGGGGUCUAGUGGUUGUGGGGGGCUGGUGGGAGUCAGGGGCACCCGAUGAGACUACUGAGCAGCAGCCACAAGGACCAUGGGAGUCCAGACUGUCUGUGCUCUUUAUUCCCUCCAGCAGGCAGCUGCAAUGACACUGGGUCCGUGGUCCCCUGUGCCCGUGCUCAGAGCAAGGUUGCUUUAUCCUGCAGUGGUUUGUAGGGCUAGUGGUUUUGCUUUCUUAUACAGUGGGCCAUAAAUAAUGCAGUUUAAUUAUGAGGAUACUUUGCUCUUCUGUUCCCCUUUCUUUGGUGGAACUUGGAGCACAUUAUAGGCAGCCAUUAGCUAAAUCUUCAUGCCUGUGUGUGGUGGGAAGUUGACUUGUAAGGCAAUGGCAGCGAUGGGAACCAAAUCCUUUCUAUCCACUUCCUCUGCUCUAACCCUGCAGACCUAAAUCCCCUCCCGGAGCUGCGGAUAGGACCCAGGAGUCCUGACUCUCAGACCCCCGCCUCCCUGACUCUAAUGAGGAGACACAACUUCCCUCCCAGAACUGGAAAUACAACUUUUGUGUGUCUUGUUUAUUUAUCUGUAAACUCUUUGUGACUCUCUGUUCAUUUAGGUUUGUACAAUGCCCGGCACAACAAGGCCCAAAUCUCAGUAAGGGCAGGGACUGUCUCUCGCUGUGUGUCUGGGCAACGCCCGGCACAACAAGGCCCAAAUCUCAGUAAGGGCAGGGACUGUCUCUCGCUGUGUGUCUGCGCAAUGCACAGCAAAUGGGGCCCUGAUCUCAGCUGGGGCAGGGACAGUCUCUCACUGUGUGUCUGGACAACGCCCGGCACAACAAGGCCCAAAUCUCAGCAAGGGCAGGGACUGUCUCUCGCUGUAUCUGGGCAGUGCCAGGCACUACAGGGCCCUGAUCUCAGCUGGGGCAGGAACUGUGUCUCCCUCUGUAUCUGGGCAACACCCUGCACAACAAGGCCCAAGUCUCUCUAAGGGCAGGGACUGUCUCCCACUGUAUUUGUACAGCGCCCGGCAAAACAGGGCCCUAGCACACACAAGGCAUCAACCGAUGACUAUACAGAUGUUAAAUAUGAAUGAAACAAUGCGGUUCUCUCAGGUGAGCUGCUUCCUGAACUACUUUUGGUGUCUCUCCAGAUCGACUUCUGCUCUACACUAUCACAUUUAACCCUCUUCAGUAGCGUUUGAAAAACACUUUCCGUCCAAACACAAAACUGCUUUAGUCAGUUAUGGCUGGUUCUAAGCAACCUCACAAAGUGACUCUGCUCUUUGAGGACUGAAGAACAAUUUAGCCCAAAUCAUUCCAGGCUCAGUUGUUUCAUGAGACCUUUAAAAAUGGCCUUGUGACUCCAGGCGGCAUUUGGAGUGGAGCUAAUAGAGUCCUCUCAGCUCCCUCAUUAGGCCCCUCGACAUCUAUCCCCUCCCGUACCAGGGACCCCACAUCACCCUUCCAGCCUCCCAAGGAACAUCUGCCUGUGCCUAUGUUGAUGUGAGCAGACCAUGUCCUCACGCUACAAACCACUUGUGGUUGCACCUCCACUAACAUCCCCACCAGCAUGUGGCAUCACAGGGCCGUGAUCUCAGCUGGGGCCGGGACUGUCUCUCACCAUUUGUGUGUCUACCACCUGGCACAAUAGGGUCCUGAUCUCAUCUGCCUCCUAGUCACGACCAUAAUAGAGAUGAUAAAUAAUAAUCAUAAUCUGAUCCGGUAUGGGAAUUCCUACAUGCUUUCCCUGGGCUACUUGGUGACACCACCCAGCUCUAUGCCACACAGAUCCACAGGGAAGAACCAGGUAAGUACUGAAAAGGCCGGGACUUGGGGUUCAGUCAUGUACCUUAAGCGCUAGAGUACCAGGAGCUGCACAGCCUGCUAGAAUCUGGAGAGAAGUCUCCAUGAGCAGUGGGGAAUCAGCAGGAGUGAUCCUGAGAACCUCCUACAGCAAGGUAUUUUAGAGUGAGUGACCCAUGCGAAGAAAUGUCCUUUCUGGCUGCUGACGUGGCCUGUCCUUGUUAUAUCACCGUCUCUGAACAGCAAACGGCUAAAGCUCUUGUUCUGAGGUGAUGCCCGGUCAGACUCUAAACAGGCUCCUAUUGUUUGUCCACUGGACAGUUCAUGGGGUUUUAAGAAUGGGAACAGUCAGUCAUUAAGAGGAGGAAGCAGAACCCAUGGCUCUUAUCAGCGUGAGAUCGGUGCCUGCCAGAGGUGAGCAAGGGCAGACAGGGAGAACAGGAUGUCAGGUGUGACUGUGUUUUCAGAAGAGCUCUUGCAUGAAAGAGCUGUGCUAACAUAGCAAUGCCGCCGGCGACAGUGAAAGGUGGGGUGUCCAGUGAGGCAAAGACGGGCCUCAAUAGAAGCUCUUUGUUGUUCUAGGAUUGGGUCCCGGUUGUGGAAGGAGAGAGAGAAAACAGAGGCCCAGAUUCUCAGGCCUUGUUUAUACAAGAAAGAUACAUUAUUUGACCAAUGGUGGGAUUUUAAUCCGGGUUAGUUCAACCACGAAAACCCCUGUGUGGAGGCUCUUCUUUCCAUUCAAAUCAGGCUUAUGUUGCGUUAUCCUAAAUCAGUGGUCCUCAAACUUUUUACCUUGCACCCCCCUUACUCCUGU